AUGCCUGUCUUCAACGCGUCUAUGUUAGCUUCUACUCCUUCUCCUGUCCCUGAGGACCGCCCUAGUGGUGAAGACGCGCGUAUGGCGGACCCUGUGGUGGAGACAGAUGUGGACCGCUUGUUGAAAGGGUGGAAUGAUACUCUGACAGCGCUUGAUGGGUGUGUUGCUGCUGUCCCUGACCCAAAGCCAGAGUUGUUGGAGGACCAGGAGGCCUGGAUGCGCGAGUGGCAGUCCGUCAUGGCCAACAUGAACGCGUGUUACGACCGUUCUAAGGUGGUAGGCGUCGAGCUUGACCUCAAUGAGCGCGAUGCCGGCUUGCUUAAGGAAGGGCGCAAGUCCUACAAGGAGUUGGAGGCGUUAGUGAAGGGAUGGAAGGCUAAGGUGGUGGGGGAAAGUCCUAUGGUGCCUAGUAAGCAACUGGCGCCUUCUGUGCAAGCGUCAGAGGCGGAACCGCAAGGCGGAGUGGCGAAUAUGGGUGAACCACGCGCUGGUGGGCGGAUGUCUGUGCCUAAGCCACCUCGCUGCAACCGCUGUGCUGAGUCCAACAUUCCAUGCGGUGGUUCCUAUGGCAGGCGCUGCCCUCCUUGCGACGUUUCCAAGAAGUCCUGCACUUUCUCCAGUGAGUGUUACAGUUCCGCCUAUGUUGGCGCCUAUUUGGCGCCUAUGUCUGACAAAGGCGCUAUAGGGACUAGCAAUCUGCGCACUUCUGCUUCGCGCGCUUGCAAGACGCGCGCCACACGCGCUAGUGGGAGAGGUUCCGCUAAGGAAACUGCGUCUUCUCUUGCUGUGGAGGAUGAAGAUGAUACUGGCGAAUCCGACAUGGAGAUUGAGAUCACUGGUGAGCGCCAGAUUGGGGGGAAGGUUUUGCGCGGUUCCGCCACUGUUCCGCCUCGCGCUGUCAAUCCUAUCGUGUCUGGAUCUGUGCCUAAGGGAAAAGGUAAACCCAAGGACUUGGAGGCGGCGCUUGAGGAGGCGACUGCUGAAAAUGCGCGUCUCAAGGAAGAAAAUGCGCGUUUGAAGGCGACUGUCCUGAACUUGCGUCAACAUGCGCGCGCCCAUCAAGCUGAUUUGUUGAUCCUUAGCAACAAACUCUUUGCUAUGUCUCAGGAUUGGGCGGAUGUGGAGGAGCGCCUUUCUAACCACCUUUAG